AUGAAACUAGUCAAUUUUCUGGAGGAAAUAUUGGUUGAAAUAAAAGAUUUAGAUCCUUUGAUUUUUAUGAAUUGUUUAUGGAUUUUUGAAAAAAAAAAAAUCAAUAAGAUUAAACAUAUAAUAAUGUUUUCUAGAAGUUUUCUGGAUGAUAAUAAACAUAUAAAUUUAUUUGAAUUUAUUAUUAAAAAAAUAUGUUAUUUUAGAAAUAAAAAUAUGAUAUAUUAG